UAACAUUAUUAUAGAAAUUCCAUUAAUCAAUGUGCAUAAACAAAAUUGCCGGCCACUUUUUGUGUGUUCCACGUCUUGCAGCUGAAUCCAAUUACUAUAAUUAAGACCCAUAACCUAAAAUAAGCCACAAACCAUUUUCUAGGUAGGAAAGAGAAAUUGUGGCAAACAGGCUCCACGUGUAGCUAGCUUCCUCUUCCCCGCUCACGGCCUUCGCCUCCUUUCACGCGUAGGCAUCUCCGGAGGAUAGCACUAGCUGAUCGGCCGGGCGAUUGAUCUGUGUUGGAACAGCACUCGCGGGCGCGUGGAUCCUCGAAUGGUGGUUGACGAUGAUGUCCCGUAGCCCGGGAUCACGACGAUGUUCGGCUGCGGCGGCUACCGGACGCAGUUCAUCAACGGGCGCAGGGACAAGUUCGUGAGGCUCGACGACGCGGCGUCGUCGUCGUCGGCGGUGUGCUCCCCGCGUGUGUCCUUCUCGGCAUCCGGCGCCAUGGACCACCACCACGGCGGCCACGGCCACGGCCACGGCGGCGGGUUCCACAUGGACAGCUACUUCUCCGGCAACCCAUCCGCGGCCGCGGCCAAGUUCCGCGCGCGGUCGGUGCGCGUGGCCACCGGCGUGAUGAACCGCUCCGAGCGGCUCAAGAGCAUCGGGCUCGUCUUCCAGGAGGACUUCCGGAAGAUGUCCCAGAAGGUGUUCGACCCGCAGGACGCGUUCCUGGCGCGCAUGAACCGUGCCUUCGUCUUCGCGUGCAUCGUCUCCGUCGCCAUCGACCCGCUCUUCCUCUACCUCCUCGCCGUCAAGUACACCGACAAGAACACCUGCAUCGGCUUCGACCGCAACCUCGCCACCGUCGCCACCGUCGUCCGCACCGCCGUCGACGCCUUCUACCUCUCCCGCAUCGCGCUCCAGUUCCGCACCGCCUACAUCGCGCCGUCCUCCCGCGUGUUCGGGCGCGGCGAGCUCGUCAUCGACUCCGCCGCCAUCGCACGCCGCUACCUCCGCCGCUUCUUCGCCGUCGACCUCCUCGCCGUCCUGCCCCUCCCGCAGGUCUCCAUCUGGAACUUCCUCAACCGGCCCAAGGGCGCCGACCUGCUCCCCACCAAGAACGCGCUCCUCUUCACGGUGCUCGCGCAGUACGUUCCCCGCCUGGUGCGGUUUUACCCCAUCACCUCCGAGCUCAAGCGCACCACCGGCGUCUUCGCCGAGACGGCCUUCGGCGGCGCCGCCUUCUACCUCCUCCUCUACAUGCUCGCCAGCCACAUGGUGGGCGCGUUCUGGUACCUCCUCGCCAUCGAGCGGCUCGACGACUGCUGGCGGGACAAGUGCACCAAGCUCAACUUCCACCAGUGCCGGACCUACAUGUACUGCGGCGGCGGCAGCCAGGGCCAGUCGGGGUUCCUCGAGUGGCGCACCAUGAUCCGCCAGGUCCUCCAGCAGGAGUGCGCACCCGUCGACAACUCCGGCACCGGGUUCCCCUACGGUAUCUACACGACAGCGAUCCAGUCCGGCGUCUACUCCACCGAGAACCUCACCGCCAAGAUCCUCUUCUGCCUGUGGUGGGGCCUGCAGAACCUGAGCACGGUGGGGCAGGGGCUUGAGACGACGCACUACAAGGGGGAGCAGCUCUUCUCCAUCACGCUCGCCCUCGUCGGGCUCAUCCUCAUGGCGCUCCUCAUCGGCAACAUGCAGACCUACCUCCAGUCUAUGACGCUCCGGCUCGAGGAGAUGCGUCUCAAGCGCCGGGACUCGGAGCAGUGGAUGCGCCACCGCGUGCUGCCCGACGACCUCCGGGACCGGGUGUGGCGCCACAACCAGUACCGGUGGCUCGAGACCCGCGGCGUCGACGAGGACGCCCUGGUCCGGGGCCUCCCCAAGGACCUCCGCCGCGACGUGAAGCGCCACCUCUGCCUCCGCCUAGUCCGCCGCGUCCCGCUCUUCGCCAACAUGGACGAGCGCCUCCUCGACGCCAUCUGCGAGCGGCUCAAGCCCAGCCUCUGCACGGAGUCCACCUUCAUCGUGCGCGAGGGGGACCCCGUCGACGAGAUGCUCUUCAUCAUCCGGGGACGGCUCGAGAGCUCCACCACCGACGGCGGCCGGACGGGGUUCUACAACCGGGGGUUGCUCAAGGAAGGGGACUUCUGCGGGGAGGAGCUGCUGACGUGGGCGCUGGAUCCGAAGGCGGCGGCGAACUUCCCGCUGUCGACGAGGACGGUGAGGGCGAUCUCGGAGGUGGAGGCGUUCGCGCUGCGGGCGGAGGAGCUCAAGUUCGUCGCAGGGCAGUUCCGGCGGCUGCACAGCAAGCAGCUGCAGCAGACGUUCAGGUUCUACUCGCAGCAGUGGAGGACGUGGGCGUCGUGCUUCAUACAGGCCGCGUGGAGGAGGCACCUCAAGAGGAGGGCGGCGGAGCAGAGGAGGAGGGAGGAGGAGGCCGCCGCCGACGAGGCCGACGCGGCGGGGGCGUCCACCAGCAGGAUCAGGACCACGAUGCUCGUGUCCAGGUUCGCCAAGAACGCCAUGCGGGGAGUGCAGCGGCAGAGGUCCGUCAGGGAGGACACCCUCAUCAUGCUGCCAAAGCCGCCAGAGCCGGACUUCGCCUCCAUGGAUUACUAGCUGCUCCAUCGUCGAAUUACCUGCUGUAAGUUUUAUUCCACUGAAACCAAACAUUUAUACAGUAGAGAGAGAGAGUAGAGACGCCCCUGACCUGGCACGAUUCAGCAACUGCUGAAUGAUGUGCAGAGAUAAUAAACAA